AUGAACGACCCGCAGGGCUUUCUCGCUCAUUUGCGGGAGGAGGCCAAUAACGGCAACGGGGAAGCCUUGCACGACCUCGGGCAGAUCUAUGCGGCGCCCCAAUUAGCUCAACAGUUUGGGAUCGAAGUCGAUCAGCGCCAAGCGGUCGAGUAUUGGCGGCGCGGCGCGGACCUUGACGAUGCGCUGUGUCAGUCGAACUUCGGCUCCCGGCUAGUUAGAGGGUACGGCGUUGAAAUGGAUGAGGCCGCGGGUUUCCGCUACUACAAGCUGGCGGCCGAUCAAGGAUCUCUGGAGGGCCUAUUUGGCGUGGCGGUCUGCUACGAGAACGGCGAGGGCGUCGCGGUGGACCUCGACGAAGCAUGGCGCUUGAUGAACUCAGCACUCGCCUUGGCGCAAGCGAAUGGGGACCCAGGCGAUUAUACCAGCGAUAUCCACGCGGGGCUGGCGCGCAUUAAAUCCAAGCGAGGCGGUGGAAACGUCGCGAUGGUGAUGACCGGACCAGAUGGAACAGUCCGGACGUUCUAGGCGCCCCAGGACUAAAACAAGACCAACUUAACAA